AUGUUCACAAAGUCCCUCGUUAUCCUUAUCGCUGCUAUCUCCUUUGCCAACGUUGUUUUGGCUUCCCCUCACCUUGUCAACCGUCGUCACCAUCAUGCGUUGGCUGCCCGUGGUCACUCUGUAACGAGGAAUGCUUCCGUUCAGCUUGAGAACCGUGCUCUCAGGAAGCGGUGCAGAAGCCGUUCCCCGCCCUCCUCCUCGUCUACUGUUGCUGUUUCCUCGCCUACUCCUGUGAACGUUGCUCCGUCCACGACCGUCUCUAGCUCGAGCACUACUGCGGCGCCAGAGCAGCAAACACCAACGCCACCACCACCGCCACCGCCUGCCUCUACCACUUCAAGUCAAGAGUCCGCACCAACUCAGGCAAGUGAUAAUAACGGGCAGGGAGGCAACAACAGCAAUAACAACGGUGGCAACAACGGUGGAGGUGUCCUUGGCCUCCCCUCGUUCGCCGUCGGUCCUCUCACAGGUCAAGGCACCUUCUACGACACGGGGUUGACCGCAUGCGGUGACACGUACAGUGACGAUAAUCCCAUUGUUGCUGUCUCGCGCCUCCUCUUUGACAUCUGGCCCGGAGGGAACGGGAAUCCAAACCUCAACCCGAUCUGCAACAAGAAGAUCCGGGCUCAUUACAAUGGAAAUAGCGUGGACCUCACUAUAGUCGACAGAUGUGAUGGAUGUGCUAUGUACGACAUUGACAUGACCCCGUCUGCUUUCACGGUACUCGCCAGCAAAGACCUAGGUCGCCUGAGUGGUGUCACAUGGGAAUUCAUUUAA